UUUGGACAUUGGUUUGUUUUAUAAAUUGUUUGUUUUUAAAUUUAGCGAUGACUUAAAUAUUUUAAUUAAUGUGUAAAUUAAAGCCAAUAAACACGGUGAACCUCUUAUUAUGUCCGGUUUUUGUUUACUGACUGUACCGUAUUAAAACAACUUGGUUUUAAUAGAAUAAAUUCGCUUGUGUUAAAAAAUGGAUCAUCCUUAAAAAUCGGUACAAAACAGUAAUGACUGAUUUACUAGUGCCUCGCGGAGAUACAUUUCCUCGUUCUUUUUUGGACACAUAUCGUGCUACAAAAAGUGAACAACUUUAUAAUGAAUUAACAUCUAGUAAAAGUGAUGAACUAGUUCUCCAAAACUCCAUGAGUAUUCCAGUAUCUCAAGAUAUUCACCACGGUCACUCUGAGAAUCUUUUGGAUGUUGGUUCUGGUUCAGCACAAGCCAAGGAUUAUUAUGACAAGCAUGAGGUGGUUCCAUUGCCAAAACCCCAUAAAAGAAUACCUGUAUAUGACAGAGUAGACCCUGAAGAUAGCAUUAGGGAUAUAGUUACAGAAAAUGAUUUCUACAGGUUUGUGUUGUUCAAGAAACACUACGACAAAUAUUUACAUUUGUCACAGAAAUAUGAGGAGGCCCGAAAUAUCGCCUAUUAUUUAGAAGAGAAGUACCAUGAGGUCAAGACGGAAAGGGACGACCUCAUAAAGCAGAGAGACCAACUAACGAAAAGGCUGGAAUCCAACGAAUCCUUAUUGCGAGAGAAGGAGGAUGAAGUUUUUUUACAGUUCGAACGAGUAGUUUAUCUGGAAGAGCAAUGUGAUAAGAUAAGAGCCGAGAAGGAAAAAUGCGAAGAACAAAAAGAAAUUAUAGAAAAGGAGAGAGAUAAAGCUCUGCGGAUGCUUCAGGAACAAGCGAAGGAAUCCGAAUACAAUAGAAGAAAAUUGGAACGAGCUAGGCAAGAGGUCGUUACUCACAUGACCCGAAUAAAGAAUGAGAAAGAUUCGUUAGAAAGAGAGAACGAUCAACUGAAGGAAGCGUUAGAGGCUGAACGCAAAGGCAUGGGAAAAUAUUUAAUUCAAGGAAGACAAUUGAAUGAUGAUCUAUAUUGUAUGGAAAAGCAGGUUGAAAAUCUUAAACUGAUGGAACACUCGAAUAGUGCUCUGGCAUCUCAAUUCCAAAAGGCUGUGCAACACCUUGCAACUUGUAGACUGAAAAAGUGCUCCGUUUGUGCUUACACAAAAUCCACCUAUCGAAAAAUGUCUCCUAAUUAUCGAAAAUAUGAUCGUAAAUUGUUUGGUUGUCUUCAAACACCCUUCCUCGAAAUGCGCAACAUGAUCAAACCUCAUCCAUCGCCGAUUCAUGCGGAAGGUGAAAGCCUCUCAGAAUGGUUCUGUCACAUGGAAGGACCGGAUGGGCCUAGCCAGAGCGAUUGCUCCUCACUAAGUGUUCCAUUUGCUGAACUGUCGAUUUCAUACAUGGACGAUGCCUCUGAUAGUUCGAGUUAUGUCAGAGAUGAUGACAAAGACGAUCAAGAAAGACUGAGCAGAGGGAAUUGUAGUAGUUAUAGAAGAUUUGGCAGUGACUCCGGUUUUUCUUCCGAUAUAUGCGCCGAUUAUAAAAGCAACACCACAACCCCCAAAGAACACAAAUUUUGCCCAAAUGCUGUCCUAGACGAAUCGGAUUGUGCUAAGCUUACAAGAACAAAAUGGACAGCAUCGUUCCGAAAACUGAUUCGACGCAUCAAGAAGUAAUCCCUUAACUUUUCAGUAUCUCGAAUAUUUAAAAUUUUGUUAGAAUCAAGACGAAAAUAUAUUCAGGAAAUAUUAAAUCAAGAUGUUAAAAUUUUACAUUUAUUUCACAUAAUUCAGCAAGGUACAUUAGUCAAAUACAUAUUAAAUUCUGGUUUGGACAUAAGUAUUACAAGAAUGAGGACAAUUGUCUUUUUGACUAUGUCAUUGUUAUGAAAUUAAUUUUAUUUAAUACUUUUGUAAUAUAACCUGUUUAAAUUGAUACAAAACGCGUUAACAUGAUUUCUAAUUCUCAGAAUGUGACUAAAAUAUCAGAUUUUGAAGAUUUUCCUUGUAUAAUAAUUGGUUUAGAAUGCCAAAAGUAAAGACCAACAACCAACCAGUUAUUUAGGUGCGAAACACGUUCACGAAAAAAAGUUCUAUUGCCAUACGAGUAUUUUACCACAUUAGACAUUACGGUAUCAAAACAAGACCUAGUGGUCCAUAAUACUGCUACUUAAAAAGUUAUUACAACAAUAUUGAACUAUAUUCUUAUUAGGUGAAAUACCUUUUAAUUAGUACAAACAGUAAUAGUUAUGAUAAAAAUUUAACAGGUAAUACUUGUUACACAGUUUUCAAUAAAACGCUCAGAUAUUGUAUCUAUUAAUGGGCCCCUUACAGCUGCGAUCAAAUUACGUAAACUUACGUCACCGUUCCACCAACAAACUGCUAUGCAAAUGGUCAUCAUAUGCAUUACAUUAAUGUUUGUACAGCAAGCCCCAGCUGUGCAAUUUUAUUUAAGUGUAUGGGAGCUAUUACAUAAAAAGACCAGGUCAUUAAAUCUUCAUGAAAACAAUAAACUGAGUUAAGUUUUCCGCAUUUUAACUUGUUACGACAAAAUAUAUUUGUUUUUUUAUCUUUUCCUGAAUAUAUUUUCUCUAAGUAGUGUAGUUUUUACUAUUAAGGUACAAAACAGUAUUGUAGUUUCAUUUGUAUUUCAUUAUUUCAAAUAUUCAUGUAUCAGUUGU